ACUGAUUAAACAAAGCUCUUACAACAUCGACGAAGGGUCGACACCCUCCGCGACCAUCUCCUAGCCCUAAUGACAGGGGUCGGAGACUGCGCAGGAACAGCAGACGUGGUCCUGGCUUGCGGUGGGGAUGCUUUGGGAGUUGCGUUAGACUGUAGAGACGUUCGUAUCCUCACAACCGCGGACCCGACGGGAGGUACUUGAACACUUGGAUCUUUGCAAAACCGAUCUUCUUUUCUUCUUUUGAGGCACCUGGUGGAAGAGUGUGUCUUUUCCAGAUGUCUGGUGCGGCGCGCGGCGCUUCAGACGUCAUCGACGUCAUGAGAGGCGAUUCGGAAUCCACAGGAGUGGGAUGUCGCCGCCCGCAGCGCAAGAGGGUGAAAACGAAGAGAGCGAUGGAGUCAGUGCAACAAGAAAACGAUAUGGACUGGGAGGAAGAAAAUAGUAGUGAGAGAGUGUUGAGAAACCACAAAAAUCGCACAGUUCUGGCCACAGCGGCCGAGAGAGCGGCCGAGAGAGCGGACGAGGGAAUUCGAGGCGCAGAGCAACCCGCGGAUCGUGACUUCAGCAACAAAUUGGACAUCAUCAAGGCAGAAGUUCAGAUGCAAUUUAGAAAAAUCAUGGCAGAGGAGGUCGCCAAGAUGACGGCCCAGUUGACCGAAGAACUGUCGCAAGCGCGAGAGCAGCUUACCCGAGCCUGCCGUGAGCUCGAGGAUACUAGACUGCAGCUCCAAGCCAUGAAGGAGGGUCAAGAAGCCCCUUUGGUUCGGCCUGCAUAUUCGGACGUCGCCCGACGUACACCUCCUGCCAGCAUUCCGACCCCGGCCUCCUCCACGGGCCGAGCGGCGACGCCAGAACCAGCAUUCUGCACGGUGGACAUGACCAGGGUGCCAGAGGAACACAUCGGAGAGGCUCAACCGGUAGCCCUUCGCAAGCUCAUCGAGAACGAAAUGCGAGCGCCUGGCGACCAACCCAACUGGCGUUGCGUUGCCGUCACUAGAGACAGAGGAAACAUCAACCGUAUUAGGAUCCUCGGCAGGAACGAAGAGGAAGUCAAGAAGAUCAAGGGCAUCAUGGAAGCGAAGAAGACGCCGGUCAGCUAUGUUGCAUUUCCCCGCAAAAGGGUGUCGAAUCGCAAGUCGCUCUAA